GGACAAUUUAAUCUUCAGCUGUCUGUCCUUUCAAUCGUUUGUCAGUUUCACAACUCGCUCUCAAAAUGGCAGAAGCACAACCUCCUACGGUCAUUGAAGGGGCCACGACCGGCGACGUCGAUGACGAAAUUCCUGUAGCAGCCAAAUCUGCUGAGGACCGAAAAGCAGCAGCAGCUCUCUCCUCCCUCGAUGCUCCUCGAGACGACGAGUCUGCAAGCACCAAAGAUGUCGACCAAGAAGCUGUACGAAAGGCUAUGGAGAGAUUAGGGGGUUCUGCCACCACGAAUGGGACUGCAGCGAAGAAAGGCGACGAGAAGAAGGUUAUCAAGAAGACUGUGAAGGUCGAUCCUGCAGAUGUCACUUUGCUGGUUGAAGAACUCGAGUUGUCGAAGAUCAAGGCAACGGACCUGCUGAAGGCGCAUGAUGGAGAUGCUGGGAAGGCGCUGAGGGCAUUCAUUGCACCAGCAGCAUAAAUGGGCAUGGCUUUGGGAGCGAAAAGUUUGUCUUGCAGCAUGGACUGGGCAUAGCAAUGGAGUUUGAUAUUGAUGGCAUCAUACAUGGGGUCUUGGGAGAACAUGUCUAAGUUGGCCUCCAGCAAAUGGAGUCGUUGGGUUCUCUACGUUCGAUUUCCACACCUGCACACUCGUUCUUUCUCUGUCUGCUCUAUAGUGGAGUUUGAUACUGAUGGGCAACAACAAACUUACAUAUAAUCAGGGAGGAAGAAGUUUCCGUAUCGAGGCUCCCGCAUAAUAGAGACCUUCGAUUUCGACCUCCAGCUUCCACAACUCCGUAAUCAUGCUUUCCCACGUACUCCAGCACUGGGGGCUGAACGUGAUGGGUUAUUGUCCAAUUAGUAAAACAUAUGGGCAGGCAACAGCAGUCUCAUGACGGCCCUACUGCAACAUGGAG